AAAAGCUUUCUUUAAAUUACAGUUAGACAUGGACUUUUGUGACACGUCUUUGGGGAUGUUUACCGUCAUUCAUCACAGGGCAAAGUCAUCAGGCUGGCCUCCGCCCACAGGAAGCUGGAGUUUGCCACAGGGACCACCCUAUGGAUGGGAGAUGGCGACAAACAGAGAUGGGAGAGAUUUCUUCCUCAGUCACUUGACACAAACAGCAACUUUUGAAGACUCACGAAUUGAAAGCUGCCAAGUCAACCCUCCAGCGCCUCGGAACGUGGAAAUGAGGAGAGAUCCAGUUCUUGGUUUUGGUUUUGUUGCUGGAAGUGAAAAGCCUGUCGUUGUGCGUUCAGUAACACCUGGAGGACCUUCAGAAGGAAAAUUAGUCCCUGGAGAUCAAAUCAUUAUGAUAAACGAUGAACCAGUAAGCAGUGCUCCGAGGGAGCGAGUGAUCGACCUUGUCAGGAGCUGCAAAGAAUCGAUCCUACUUACAGUUGUGCAACCAUACCCGUCUCCAAAAUCAGCAUUUAUCAGUGCUGCAAAAAAAGCAAGAUUGAAGUCCAACCCUGUGAAAGUCCGAUUCUCAGAAGAGGUGAUAAUCAAUGGUCAGGUUUCGGAAACGGUCAAAGACAAUUCUCUUCUUUUUAUGCCAAAUGUCCUGAAGGUAUACCUGGAAAAUGGACAAACCAAAUCAUUUAGAUUCGACAGUGGUACUUCUAUAAAGGAUGUUAUAUUAACACUCCAAGAGAAGCUUUCUAUAAAAUGCAUUGAACACUUUUCAUUGAUGCUGGAACAGAGGACAGAGGGAGCAGGAACCAAACUUCUUUUGUUACAUGAACAGGAGACCCUAACUCAGGUGACUCAGAGACCCAGCUCACACACAAUGAGAUGCUUGUUCAGAAUCAGUUUUGUCCCAAAGGAUCCAAUUGACUUGCUCAGGAGGGACGCAGUUGCAUUUGAGUAUUUGUACGUGCAGAGUUGCAAUGAUGUUGUUCAAGAGAGAUUUGGUCCUGAGCUGAAAUAUGACAUUGCACUGAGACUGGCAGCUCUGCAAAUGUACAUUGCAACAGUGACCACAAAGCAGACACAGAAAAUCUCCCUGAAAUAUAUUGAAAAAGAAUGGGGAUUGCAGACUUUCCUUCCAUCUGCUGUGCUGCAAAGCAUGAAAGAGAAGAACAUUAAAAAGGCACUUUCACACCUUGUCAAAGCUAAUCAGAACUUAGUUCCUCCAGGCAAAAAGCUUUCUGCCUUACAAGCUAAGGUACACUACCUUAAGUUUCUUAGUGACUUGCGUUUGUACGGAGGACGUGUAUUUAAAGCUAAAUUAGUUCAAGGAGAAAAACAUUCGGAUGUAACCCUAUUAGUCGGCCCACGGUAUGGCAUUAGCCAUGUGAUCAACACAAAAACCAAUCUUGUAGCCCUGCUUGCUGAUUUCAGCCAUGUAAAUAGAAUUGAAAUGUUUACAGAAGACGAGAUAACUGUUAGAGUCGAGCUUCAUGUUUUGGAUGUAAAGCCUAUAAUUCUACUCAUGGAGUCAUCGGAUGCCAUGAAUCUUGCCUGUUUAACAGCAGGCUAUUAUCGAUUACUAGUGGAUUCCAGACGAUCAAUAUUUAAUGUAGCUAACAAAUAUACAGCAAAUCGAGAAACAGUAAAUGAACUCCGAGUCAAGCAUAGUUACCAUGAAUGUGACUGGAAUUAUUUACCAAAAUCAACGAUUUUUGCUUUUGAGGAAACUCAAGAAGCUCCCAACAUGUUUACAGAUUUGAAGCAGAGAAACACAGAUGUUUUGGAAAGUCCACUGUGUCACAAAGACCAUCGGAAUCUGUACAUAGAGACUACAUUUAAUUCAGGUGAACUUGAUCAGCAGUUAACCAAACAGUGUGAGCACUUAGAUCUUGAAAACAGCCUUAGUGUAAACCAGCCAUCAAUAUUAUCGAUCUCAGGACUGGAACACACUAUGACAGCAGAGGAUUCUCCUAGGAGUGCAAAAGUCUCUUUCAUAUUUGGAGAUCACACCUUGGAUGCCAUAAAUCCUCAGACUCUUGGCUACGAAAGAUUGCUGGAUGAAAGUCCUGAAAUGAUAGAUAAACAAAACGUAAUAUUUUUAAAUAAUGCCAAUGAUAUUAAAGACUUGGAUUUGUCUUCAGAUAGUGAAAGCAUCCAUUUUGCUGCUAAUGCGGUUUAUGCAAAUAUAUCUAGUGAUGGCAAAAUAUUUGGCGCCACAGAAUGUAUAGAGGAGCCCUUGUUACAUGAUAUCUGUUAUUCUGAAAACACGGAUGAUGUUGAGGACGAAGAUGAUGCCAGUUGUGAGGAAGAUGCUGUAGUUUCAGAGGACAGUAGAACUGAUAUCCUGAGCAUGUCAGGAUCCAGUGAUGACAUCAUAGAUCUGACUUCACUUCCACCACCUGAAGGGGAUGAUAAUGAAGAUGAUUUUUUGCUGCAUUCAUUGAACAUGGCUAUUGCUGCCCCUCCUCCUGGCUUCAGAGAUAGUUCUGAUGAAGAGGACUGCCAGAAUCAGUCUGUGACUUUUAAAGGAGCUGCUGGAGUGACAACCAACAUGUCAAAUGAUGAUAUCCCUGUUUCGCUUAUUGAUGCUGUUCCAACAAACACGGAUGAUAAGUCUGAAACAAUAUUAGAAGAAACUGUUGUUUCCAACCUCCAAGCCUUGCAAGACUUGACUGUUUCCGAGCAAAGCCAUACAGAUGACACAUCAGGUGUAACAAUCUUAAGAGCAUAUAGUCCUGAGUCAUCAUCUGAUUCUGGUAAUGAAACAAACUCCUCAGAAAUGACUGAGAGUUCUGAACUAGCUACAGCACAGAAGCAUACAGAAAAUUCAACACGUACAAUUUUGUCUAACGAAGCUUACCAAUCUCUAGCUGAGGAGCAAACUGAGUUUUCUGUUGUCAAGAAUCAAAGUGCAAAUAUGCCUACCAAACCAACACCUUCCUUAAUGAGUCGACAAGCUGGAGAGAUACAAUCAAAAGCUGUGCCUUCAAAACAGAUCCUUCAUUCUGAUGAUAUUGAAAUGGAACCGGAGACAAUGGAAACAAAAUCUGUCACAGAUUAUUUUAAUAAAAUGCACAUGGGUACCUUAGUAUACUCAUGUAAGAGAAAAAAUAAAUUAGCAGAUGUUGAUAUAAAAACCCAUUUUGAUGUCAACGUUACCGUUAAAAAACAUGGGAACAAACGAGCAGAAAAUGACAGUGAAUUGAAAACUAAAUUUGAAACACUUCCUUCAAAGGAUUGUCAACAUCUAGGCAGUUUCAACUUGGAAAGAACUGUUUUUCGGAAAGACAAUCAAAGGUGGUACAACACUUCUGAAAAAGGAACAAUUGAUAAGUUACCAACAGAUACAGUGUAUGUUAAGACACUGCCAAGAUUCUCUGGCGUUGGAAAAUUAGAGACAGAUUCCAAGGAAGAUAUAAAUGCAGAAAUCCUGUCUGGUCUUAAGCAAGAUGACAUUUUUAGCUCAAGUUCAAAUUUUAUUUCUUCUAAAGAACUUGGUGACUCUGAAACUGUUGAUGCACCUGCAGAUAACAUGUCUAAACUUGUAGACUCUGAGCAAAGUGUGGCUAGGGUUUGUGAGUACCAUGUAGCCAAGAACAUGUCACCUUUUCAUAGUGAGGGACAUUUUUCUCUUCAAAGUUCUCAGUGUUCAUCCGUGGAUGCAGGUUGCAGUACAGGUAGCAGUUCAUGUGCAACCCCGGUUGAAUCUCCUCUCUGUACCUCGGACUCUAAGCAUAUUCUCUCUGAUAUUUCUGGAAAGGGUAGUGGCUAUAUUACUACAGAUGAAAGACAAACCAUGCUUCCCAAUCAUGGGACAUCAUACACAGAAUUACAUCAACAAUCUGAAACUUCCUGUCACAAAAUGAAUGUUUCUGUUAUGCAAACACCAAUAAAUGCAGAACCCCUGUUUGGCACUUUGAGAGAUGGAUGCCAUCGAAUUUCCAAAAUUAAAGAAACCACAGCUUUCACAGAGCCUGCAAAAGGACGAAGAGGUGGUGGCAUGCCUGCAGUUCCUGUCAAACAUGCUAAAGGUGACUCUACUGCAUCAUCCAACAUUUGCUCAGAAUCAAAUGUGCCAACUGAAAUUCAAGACUCUCUUCAUUUCUACCAAGCAAACCAGGCCUGCACAGCAGAGAUGACGUCACACCCAUAUGACAUCAUAGGUGGGAGCUUGAAAAUGCCACAUAAUCGAAAAGUACUGAGGCGUAGCAGCAGUGUUAUAUCAAAGUCCUCUGGCAUGGAGCUGAAAGACAAGAAAAUCUCUUCCAUAAGUUUGUAUAUGGAUGGUCAAGAAACUGGACCUUUCAAAUCUGAAAAGAAAAUUGAGCUCCCAUUAGGAAAAAAACUAUCAAAAAGUUGUUCCCACAGUUCUGUGAAUUCUAUCUGUGAAAGCAAAGAAAAUAAAACAUCAGCAAUUGGUCCUAUGCAAAAGGUACAGAAACAAUCUAGAUCCCUGCCCCUGUUGAAAAUAGACGCAAGUAAUUGGAGAUGUAGAGGUCCAUUCAGUUAUUGCUUCCAAAACAGGGGAAAUGAUGCAGAUGAUGAUGAUGACGACAACGAAUGUGUGGAGGUUGACAAUGGAAACAACAAUGAAAAAAAGGAACUAUCAUGUUUGUAUUUACCACCACCAGCUGAAAUACAAAAUGAAAUUGAUCUGGAUGUAUCCAUAGAUUCUGGGAACAAAGAAACAGAAUCUCCCACAGCCACCAUAAUAAUGACCACAAAAUACUCAGAAAAUGGCCAUGCUAGUGGGCAAGCAGAAUCUCAUGUCAACAACAUGGACUUUGAUGAAACAAUUGCAAGAAUAAAUGCACUAAAAGAAAAUGUUUAUGCAAUACCCAGUGGAUUUUAUGCUGCUCAAAAGGAUGCUAAUGAGUUAAUCUGCUUAAUAAGAUCAAAUCUCUCUCGAAAGGAGGAAGAUGCAAGGGUAGAUCUGUCAGACCAUGAACUGACCCAGUAUAAACAACGUCUGUCCGUAGAAUCGAGACAACUAGGAAGUGCCUGCAGGAAAAUGGCUGCAGCUGACAAAAGCCCAGAGGAAAUUUUGCUAGCUAUGACUUCAAGCUUCCAAAUUCUCUGUUGUUUAACAGAAGCUUGCAUGCGAUUGGUAAAAGCGAUGAACUCUGAAACACAGCAACAAGAAAUCGUAGCUAAAAUAGAUGAGGUGGUGUUAAACUACAUUUGUUUGCUGAGGGCAGCAGAAACAACAUCAGUCAAGAUGUUUAAUGAUCCCAGUGUUAAACUUUUGGCACGACAUUCAAGUACAAUGGCUGCAAUUGUAAGCACACUAACUCGUUCUCUAAAAUUGCUUUUGAACAAAUAAACUACGAAAAGUAAUUCAUAAACGACCUUUAUAAAGCCAUACAUAAUGUUUUCCUUUAACUAUGUAAAAACCUAUGUAAAUUGCAUAAUUCUACUCCUAUAACUUCUCUGCCCAAAAUAUUUUGAUAAUUUUCAUUCAUUAAUGUCCAUUGGUGUGAUAAGCGAAAUGCAUUGGUCACUAUACAGGCUCCUAACGUGUCGAAAAACAUAUUACAGAGAGAACAGAAUUGCUCAUUAGAAAACAAAAUGCUGAAAUGGUACAUUUUUUUGUGUGUGAGAAUCGUCAAGGAGCUUAAUGAACCAUUGUUAGUUUUUGCAGGCACAUUUUGUUAACUUGCAACCCAGCUGCAUCUUCCUCCUUUCCUCCCGGUCCAGUCAUGUUAGAGAUAGGAAAUGGAAACAUAAUGUAUAUAGACAGUAUUUAAUAUUUUAAAUUAUAAUUUUUAAGCACUGAAAAUUAUGAAUAUGUUUUAAUCCUAAGAAGGUAUUAUG